UGACAGUUAACAAUGCAAGCGGUAAGUUGUAUACGCGAAUUGUAUGAUUUAUUGUUUUGCGACACUCGUUCUCUCAAAUUAAAUGCAAUUUUAAGCCUUCUAGAUUUGACAGGUGUUAAUUUAUCGUUUCCUGAGAGCCAUAAGUACCUAGAAGUGUUUUAUUGUCGUAUGUAGGAGGAAUACACUGUGGACUGUUAUGAACAUUAAUAUGUAAAAAUAUAGUUAAAAAAAAUUUUUUUGACAUAAUUCAUUACACUGGUUACAUCCAAAAUGUACAAUCGAUGUCACUACUUUUUGGAAAAAAAUGCAAGUAAUAAUAAAUAUUCGAUAAAAUUUAUUGAUUGACUAAGUGAAAAAACUUGCUGACUAUCGAGUGAUAUGUUGAAUGGUGGUGAUAGUGUUCGUUUGCGACCCGAGAGGUCCGUUUCCAGCGACAAGAACCAAACGUGUCACUUACAGUUCGAGGAUAUUUUUAAAACCGACUUCUUUUUGCACACAGGUCGAGCCCGGUGAGACGUACGCCACCACUAAAGAGGAAGAAUGGGUUAGUAAAAAGAAAACCGAAGUAACCAAUAAAAAACAAAUCGAGACCCGCGUUAAAAGACAAGUGGUUCUUGAAGAUGGAAAAGUCGUCGAGGACUCGGGACCCAUGGUCACGUCCAACACCACUGAAGACACGGAAACUCACGAGCACCAUCAAACAGAGUUGCGCAAAUUGGGCGAUGAGGACGAAGACCAGAAGGCGCUCGAAGAUGGCAAAUUCCAAAAAUCCGGUGGAACGCUUGUCGACAAAACGUCCACGUCAAAAUGGGUGCCGGUUGCUAACCCUGACGGGGUCGUUAGAGAGGUCAAGGAGCGCAGGGUUGUUUCUAGAGAGGAGACAGAAGAAGUUAAAGAAACGGAGGACGUGCAGCAUCUAGGAGAUAUCACUGACGAGCAAUUCCUGUCGGCAGUCAGUAGCGGCCGUUCCGAUCUGCGUCAGGUCCUUCGUUCGUCCGAAUCCGGUCGCUCCUUGGUGUCCACAGGUCCGCGCCUGAUACGCGACACGACGAAAAGCAACAAGGUCGUCGAUACCGAGGACACGCGCGAGCUGAGCUCGGUGCAAGCGGACGGAAAGAUCGUCACGGAAACGCAGCGCACGACCGAGCACGAGGAAGUCGACGACGACGAGUAUCCGGACGGUUUGCCCGAUCAGGAUUACGAGAAAGAAAGUUCGCAGAGGUUCAAGAAAACCCGAGAGCAAGAAGAGGUCGACUAUCUGGCGAAUGGCGUGAACAUCGGCCACGAGAUGCGCUUCAAGACGGAAACGAUGGAGGUGGAACGUCGCGGCGACGGAUUGGACGAAGUCGACUUUGAUACUCUAUCCGCCAGGGUGCGCAGAAGGCAGAACAACGCCAGACCUCAGCCGCAACCUCAACGAUACAGAGGUAUCGAAAAUGGUUCCCCCUUAGACCGGAAAGACGCCAUUACCCGCCGCCCCUUAGAUUUCGAUCAGGAGGAGGAAACCCGCAAAGUGGAGACCUCCAAAUGGCUGGAGCAUCACUUCGGAAGCGACAGUCGUUCCUCCAAUAACUCCACUGUCGACGAGGAGGAAAGCACUAACCCCGCCCCAAAAACCUCCUUUUUCAAUGUAACGAUUAAAUCGUCGCCGCAGAGAACCGAGUCCCAGCCAUUACCGCCGCCACUGCCCGUCUCGCAAAACGUUCAGACCCACGUUCAAAAAAACUCCUCGUACGCGGUGAACCAUCACCAUCAUGCGCAGGUAGUGAACGGGAUCGGUGGGGGCAAUUCGCAGAUGUACAGUAAUAACGUGCAAAGGGUUUAUAGCCCCGUUGAGCCCGAGAGAGAUCGUAAUCAUCAGGGCUACUUUAAAGGUAUUUCCGAAUGGUCGGAACGUCGUCACCAAGAAAACUACGUCACCGAUCGGCGUUCUCCACUGCCAUAUCACCAACCAGUCCGAUCUGCGUCGCCCAUUAUAAUCGAUCACCCCCGUAGAUAUUCGCCGGCCCCCGAUUACCGCAAUCACCAAAAAUCGCCGAUUCCCGACUACUUGCCUCCUCGUCACUCACCAAUCCCAGACUACAGGGCUCAUUCGCCGGCUCCAGACUACACGAGAUCGCUUCGUAGGUCACCAAAACGGGAAGUCUUGGUCACUCCGACUCCACCGCAAAGGAAAAGACAGAGUGAACGGCAGAGACAAAGAGUUGUCGAAGAAAGAACCAGGUAUGAUAGCGGUUAUAGGAGUAGAAGAGACGAUAGCAGGGAGAGAAUAGAAGAACCGCCGCCGGAUUAUUCGCCGCCAAGCCCGCCUCCGAUGCCCAGCGAAAAAAAACAGAUGCAAAAAACUAGAUUUGCCGCCGAUCCCCCGAAGGCCAAAAGCGGGAACAUUAUCGGUCAGUCCAUUCGUAAGCUUGUAGGAAAAAUUCGUUCGGCUUCAGCUGAAAGAAAAGCUCGCCAGCGUGCCAAAAGGUCGCCGAGUCCCUCCUAUCAAAAAGGACACGUGAUCGAUAAUAACAUCGGACAUACGAUGGAAAGACAUCCACCAGUUCAAAGGUAUUAUUUGGGAGAAGACCCAUUUGCUGGUAGCAUCUAUGGUAGAGAGAAUAAAUAUGAUGGGGUGAGGCCGGUUAGAAGUUCUAGAAAACCCAGAGAAGAAGACAAAAGGUCUCAGAGCACUCUUGGUCGUUUCAGUAAGAGCACAUCUCGUCUAGCGAACAGUUCGGUCGAAGAGAGGAACUCUCAGACGUUACCGAGACACUUGUCGAGGCACGAGCCACCAGUGAGGUUGGAGAGGAGCAACAAGAGCAACAGCACCAUCAACGUGUCGAUAAUAAACACGGUAUCGUCCCCGAGGAUCGUCAACAACGGUCCGGAGAAACCGGCAAGGACUUACAAGACGAAUCUGCUGAGAAGCAAGAGUUUGAAUGUGCAUGAAGACUUGAGGAACAUGUACACCAGCAACCCGCAAGUGAACAAGUUGGAGGGGGGGUCGAUAGGGCUCAAAAGUCCUGGAUUGAUUUCAAGCCUUAAUAGAAGCCCCGAGGUGUCGGAGGAGCGUUACACUACCCGUUUUACGAGUACGAGAAACGGGCACAGUGAAACUGCCGACCCGAAGCGCGUGUUUAUGUCCGGUCUCAAGGACCGCGCCCCGGAGCUCUUCAAGACGCUGCACGACGAUUCCGAGCAGUGGAAAGCGCCGGUGAAGAGCGUAACCACGACGAGGAACUACAACGGCGACAUCUACGAGCCGCCGACGAGGCUGAGGGACACUCAGGUGGCGCGCAGGGGGAGCGGGUCCUCCACGGACUUCUCGGAGACCUUCCACACGACCACGAGGGGGCAGGACCCGCUCCGGCCCAGCGUGACCAACACCACGAAGAGCGUGAGCAAGAAGACCAUCCCGAGCAAGGAUGGGCGGUCCGUGGAGACCAUCCAGUCCAGCGAGACCAGAUCGGUCACGAAGAGUUCUUACAGAGGAAACAACGAGCCCGUCAAGUAUUACGAGACGGAGAGGAGAUACAACAGUUCCGGAGGCAACCCUGUCGUGAUCGAGGUGAGGAAUUACCGGAAGUAACAGUGCCGUAUCAUUUUUUUGGAUGACUAUGUUUUAUUUAUGUUAUUUGCUUUAAUCCUAUUAAUAUUUUAGAUGUAUUUUUUAAAAAUUGUGCUCAAAAUAUUCGUUGCGCAAGUGUAUAUAUUGUGAGCAAUACUAUUAUAUUUUUA